AUGCCUUCCAUUUCCAAGCUCUCCGCCUCAGCUUUUGCCAAUUCUGCAACUACCUUCACCAGAUCAUCGCCGCAGCAGCAGAAUCAGCCUAUGUGCUUUGCUGAUCCUCGUAAAAGGAUCGCCAUUUUCGAGAAAUCCAUUUCAUCAUCCAAGCUCAGUGUUCGCGCUGCCCAAAGAAUCGCCGGUUCAUUGAUUGUGAGAUGCUCUAAAGUUGAUGGAAAUGGGAGUAGUGUGAAGAGAACCACGCUCCAUGAUCUUUAUGAGAAGCAAGGGCAGAGCCCGUGGUACGAUAAUCUAUGCCGUCCGGUUACUGAUCUUAUCCCGUUGAUCGAGAGUGGAGUUCGAGGUGUAACCAGCAACCCAGCGAUAUUCCAGAAAGCAAUUUCUACAUCAAGUGCAUACAAUGAUCAGUUCAAGGAACUAGUACAAUCUGGAGUAGACAUCAAAAUGGCUUACUGGGAGCUCGUUGUGAAAGAUAUCCAAGAUGCAUGCAAGCUUUUUGAGUCGAUCUACGAUGAUACAGAUGGUGGAGAUGGAUAUGUCUCUGUUGAAGUUUCACCCCUACUUGCCGAUGAUACUGAAACUACAAUACAAGCUGCAAAACUGCUUCAUAAGAAGGUUAACCGUCGUAAUGUCUACAUAAAGAUUCCUGCUACAGCUCCAUGCAUUCCUUCAAUUAAGGAAGUUAUUGCAAAUGGAAUAAGCGUUAAUGUUACGCUUAUUUUCUCUCUUGCUAGAUAUGAAGCAGUUAUUGAUGCUUACCUCGAUGGCCUUGAAGCGAGUGGGCUCAAUGACCUCUCCCGAGUCACAAGUGUCGCUUCUUUCUUUGUUAGUCGAGUGGACUCCCUUGUUGACAAGUUGCUUGAGAAGAUUGGGACACCGGAAGCACUUGAUCUCCGGGGGAAGGCAGCAAAUGCUCAGGCAGCUCUGGCUUUCCAGCUGUACCAGAAGAAAUUCUCAGGGCCGAGAUGGGAGGCGCUGGUGAAGAAAGGAGCCAAGAAGCAAAGACUUCUAUGGGCCUCAACGAGCGUGAAGAAUCCAGCUUAUCCAGACACUCUAUAUGUGGCUCCUCUUGUCGGACCCGAUACAGUUUCGACCAUGCCUGAUCAAGCGCUCCUAGCAUUCAUCGAUCAUGGGACUGUUGCAAGGACUAUCGACGCAAAUGUGUCUGAAGCGGAAGGCAUUUACAACGCUCUUGAGAAGCUGGGAAUAGACUGGGGUUAUGUCGGGUCACAACUGGAGCUGGAAGGAGUCGACUCGUUCAAGAAGAGCUUCAAUAGCUUGCUCGACAGCAUGCAAGAGAAGGCCAAUUCGAUGAAGCUAGUCAACAUGUAAGCUUGUUUGAUUGCUUGAAUAAAGAGAGAGCCAUUGGAUGAGUGAGAGUAUAUGUAAGGAGUACAAUAAGCAUAUUUUGGUGUAUUGUGUGAUAAAGUGGACAAGCUGAAAUCUUGAUUAGUUGCAAAAUCCGAUUAAAUCUAUAGUUCAAUAAUUUAUUUGCA